AUGAAAGUCCGUGCGGUUUGGUUGUUACUAACAGUAGCGUUCGUGGUGAAGGGUUUAGUACGACCAAGCGAAGGUUUACUUUCGAACGUGUCCAAUGAGGGAGUACACCACGCGUCAGAUGCAUUACCGGAUGUAUUGCUCCCUUCUUCUUUCUUUAAUUCUUCUUCUUCGACACUCAGGAAUCACCUCAAUAUAGAUCUUGUAUUAAGGCAUUAUAGAACAUUACCUCUUUUUCGUGAUGGGGUUUCGGAAGAAGAAUAUUAUCAGUCUGCAGCUUAUGGAGGAACCUCUCCGAGAGUGAGGUAUUCAUUAUGGGUGGUGGAAUCAUCUACGAAUUCGAAUGAAACCUGUAUUGGAGUGUUUUGUCCUUCUGUGGCUGCUGCCUUUAAGUAUGUAGCUUCUCGAGUGGCGAUCUUGAUUACUCAGCCAAUACCAGAAAAAGUUGAAGUUGUGAUUGAUAUUACAUUGAAUCAUUCUUCUACAUCAGCAUGCCAGUUUCAACUCUACAAUGAUUCUAGACUUUUCUAUUACGUAAAUUUGAAAUCAGCAUUGUUGUCAUCAACGAUGGAAGUGAGUUGCCAAAAUCAACGACAACCAUUCUUUGAAGGUUCCCUAAGAACAGACAUAUUACAAUUUAUGGCUCAAGGUAUAACAUUUACAAAUAUGACCUUCGUUGUUAAUAAUUCACCACUUAUAGGUUUUUUCAAUUGCACCUUGGUCAAUGUUAAGUGCUUCACUCUUGGAAAUGUUGAUAAUUUUCCACCAGAUCAACGACAUGUAUUUGUACUGGGUGACACUUAUUUACUUGACAGCUCGAUUUCAUUAAGAAAAUAUUCAUAUGGAGAAGUACGAAACGUCCGAAAAGCAAACACGUUUCAACAUCUUGGUGAUGGUAUUCAAAUAACAUCAGUAGAGGUGGUAAACGUUUAUAAUUUGACCACAAGUGAUAGAUUUUUUACUGAAGAUGCGUCGUAUGUGAUCAUUGCAAAUUCUCUCUUUAUUCCAAGAAGCUCUAUUUAUUGCAGAGGCACAAGAAAUUUCAUUCUUGUUUCGUCUAGGUUCAUUGGUACCUUCAAUCUUCCAGGAUUCCCUAUUGUAUCUAUAUAUAAUGCAGAGCAUAUUGAGGUGUAUAUGGUAGAGGUCCAGGUGGAUAGCAGUUGGUUUCAAGCGAUUUCUUGCUCCACUUUGAUAUUGAGAUACCUAAAAGUCAACCACUGUUUACGAGACGUAGUUUAUAUUUAUUCUGCCGUACAAGCUAGCGUGGAAAUGAGCUCGUUUCAUAAUGUCAAAGGGACCGUAUUGACAUUCGACCAGGCUGUUGGAUACCAGGUUGAAAACUGUAACUUUAGCUACACGACAUCCAAGAAGUCAGUUAUAUUUAUUACAGAAAAUCCCUUAUCGAACAUCUUUGACACAGACAUCCCGCGUAACAUGAUUGUCAACUCCACUUUUUUUCAUAAUAAGGGUGCUGUUAGCAGUGGAAUAUUCAUAAGCGGCAUUGGAAGAGUAUUUGUGACCAAUUGUACGUUUGAUGAAUCGGUAGGUGACAGUGGAGGAUCCAUUGUUUACCAGUCUUCAGCCGAAGAAAAUAUUUAUGGCUCCAUGAGCGAUAUGCAUUUUGCAUUGAGUUUGAUAGUUGAGGAGUGUCUAUUUCGUAACAAUACUGUCCGUUGCGAAAACUGUUUGUCAUCUGCAGGAAUUACGACCAAUUCAGAUUUGAUCCUUCGAAAGUCAGAGUUCAGAGGAGGUAGAUCGAAAUACGGAGCAGCCAUUGUUGUGAACGAAUUUUCUUUAUUUGACAGUAAUAGAGUGUUUAUUGACAACACUUCUAUCUUUGUGGAUAAUAUUGCGAAAUUUGGAGCAAAUAUAUAUACUCGAGGAAGAGUACAAGUUAUUGGCAACUAUUCUGCUGCAAUCGCUACUCUUUCGUCCCAAUGCUCGAAAAUUUCUAUUGUUGGAAUCACUUUGACGCAUCUAAUGCCAGGGCAAAUGGUUAGUAUUUCUCUUGUAGCCCUAGACAUUUAUGGUAACAAAUUGAGCACUCCAUACAUUCCUUUGAUUCUCUCUGGUAGCAAUCCUGACAUUGUUGCUGUUCCUCAAGACUUGAAUACCUUCAAUAUUGAUUUAUAUUGGGAAGACAGACGCCUUGAUGAUAAGGCAGAUGAAGACUUUGUUCUUACCAUUCUGUUCGAUCAAGUUUCAGUCACUCUACCACUUACGCUUGUCGCUUGCAAAAAUACGUUCGUCAAAAGAAAUUUUAAAUGUGAAGAUCAAACAGCGCUCAUUUCAACCCUUUCAGUGGUUGGAAUCACAGCGAUUUUCAUGGCGUUGUUAGUUUCUAUUCUUGUUUUGUUGUACUAUCGAACGAAGAGAACCUCAAAAUUGCUGGCUAAAAGAAAACAAGCUGAGAUUGAAAUGGAACGCUGUCUCAUUGAUAAAAGAAUGGUGUUUGAUGAAGAUGAAUCGCACCAAUCGCAAAUUAGUAUCAAAUCAAGUUCCAAUAUUAUUGUUGCUACUGAGGAUAUUAAGCUCAUCAAGAAGAUUGGAGAAGGUGCUCAAGGCCUAGUUUACCACGCUUCUUGGAAAGGUAUUGACGUUGCGGUUAAGACCGUGAAAAUUGGAGAUGACGACGAACUUGAUGACAACAGUGAAUUUGAAAGAGAAGCAGCAUUGCUUAGUAGUUUGAGACACCCUAAUAUUUUAACAUUUUACGGAAUUUGCGUUCCAAAUAGGGCCCAAAAAUUUAUGGUCGUGGAGUAUUUGAGAGGAGGAUCACUUGAAAAAUUAAUUUCUAAUUGCAGAUUUGGAAAAGAAACACUCGGGUUGAAAUCAAAAAUUAAUAUUCUUCUUGGAAUAGCAAGAGGAAUGCGAUAUCUUCAUGGACUAAAGCCUCAGAUGAUCGUACAUCGAGAUCUAAAGCCAGGAAAUAUCUUGUUGGAUGAAAAUCUCUCAGUAAGAGUAUGUGAUUUUGGAUUAUCAAGAGCUGUUGGCUCUAACGCCACCCAGGCAACUAUGACAUGCAAUAUUGGAACAUUGCUUUACUGUCCCCCAGAGACUUUUAAUGAUAAUGUUCAGGAAGGACAUCUCUCCAAGGAGGAUCGGUUAAGAAAUGCCACAAAAAUAGAUGUCUACAGUUUUGCUGUCAUCAUGUGGUCUCUCUUCUUUGAAGAAAGUCCUUAUGGAAAUUGCAACUCGCAAAAGAUGAAUUAUUUUAAAGAUAUCAAGAAGGAGCAAGACAGCAAUGCUCACACCCUCAACAUUCUUUCCCUAGUCCUGAAAGGUAUUCGACCUUUCAUUCCGUUCGGCACUCAUGAGCAAAUGUAUGAAUGGCUUCAAGAAUUUUAUUUUACAAGGGAGCAAGCGUACUCGCCGUUGGUUGUCGCUCAAUGUGUGGAGCGGUAUAUGAAUUUGAUGAAGCAGUGUUGGAAUCAAAUGCCAUCCUUAAGGCCAUCCUUUGAUUCCAUUGUGGUCGAUUUGUAUGAAAUGGAAACCAUGUUGCAAUAG